CGCAAAAUAUGAGAAACGAAACUCAAGUCAGACAGGCUAUCCGCGGUUGCCACUAAAGGGUGCGACUCCAGAAGCGCGUGAGGCUGACAGGCUCCAGAUGUGCUCCGGUUCAUCCUGACACCUCAGAGCGGUGAGUGCACGCGACGCUGCUGUUCGAGCCCGCCUGUUGUUGACGAUCAGCCAACUCUCAAGUUUGCUUCAAAUAACAUGGCGGACGUCCUCAGUUAGUCACCGCGAUAUUACAGCCUUUAUGAAGACCACCGACGACAUUUUCAUGCAAAGUUGGACAUUUGUCAAUCUUCAGGGCCAUUACACCAUAUCCUGCAUUCAGUUGCUGACUUUGGCAUUAUGAAUGUAUCACAAUGUCAGCCAGUGGGUCCACACUGACUGCUCUUUUAUCAACACAUGACCUCAAACUUGUGUGCGCUCAAUGCUCUGUUGAGAAGAAAGAAAUUACUUAUACGUUAAAAUCUGUCCACCAUCAGUGUGCGCGCAAUCUCCUGCUCUGCAGAGCCAAAGGUGGCAGCAAAUGGAGGCCUGUUGCUAAGCGGCCUCUGUUUCCAAAUCCAAGUCACUAUAAGGUAUGUUGCUUCUUUGUGGAGGGCUUUGGUUGCAAACACCACAGGAACCGGUGCACCUUUGCUAGAAGUGAUGAGGAAGCUGCCGUGUGGACAUUUGAAAAGCGUCACAGAUUAGACCACGUGUUUCUCUGUCAUCUUGUAGCUCAGUCUCAGAGAGAAUCUGAUCAGCCUGACAGCUCUGAAGCUUCAGGAGACCUCUUGGCAACUCUAGAUUUGAAGGCUGUAUGUGAUCUGUGUUCUAGCAAGGAGAAUGAAAUAACAUACACAGUUCAGUCACUUAGUCACACGUGUAGUAGAAAACUGCUUUUAGCCAAAGCCAAAGCCUCUGAGCAAUGGAGGCCUGUCUCUGCGCGGCCUACACGUGGACAAUUUGGUCCAAAUGUUCAUUACCAAAAGUGUGACUUCUUUGUUGAGGGUUCUGGAUGUACAAAACACGGGCAGGCAUGCACUUACGCCAGAAGUUAUGAAGAGGCCACUGUAUGGAACUAUGUUAAAGACAAAAACAUCGAUAAAGACGAGUUAUUCAAACUUGUAAUUGAGUCUGAGCCUAUUUCGAUAACACCAGAACAUGCAGCUAAACAAAUACUCCAACAGUUUUCUGGUGAAUUCAUUGAGCUGUGUAAAGACUGCUUUCAUGAUCGUCCGCCAAAACUGACUCCCAAAAGGUGGAAUGCCACUUGCUCAGCAGAUGCAGCACACACCUGGGACCCAGUCUUAGUUUAUCACCUAUCAGAGAAUAGUGGAAAACACAUCUACAGCCAGGUGCGCCCUCUUCCCCAAAACUGUCAGUUUAAGUACUGCGGUCAUGUCAGGCAAGGCAAACCCUGCUGGCAUGAGGCCGGCCACUGCCAGUCUGCCCAAAGCGAGGUGGAAAUGGCCGUGUGGAAAGCACAGCACAGCGGGCUCUCUGUUCAGCCUCAUCUCCUUCAGUUGAGCCGGCGGCAGCAGCAGGAGCCCAGACAGGUCGCCAUGUACUGCAAAGUUUGCCUCCUGGUCCUGUCCUCCCCAGAGAGCUUCUAUCAGCACUGCUCCUCGUUGGAACAUGCCCAGUUACUUUCUGAGGACACCACCACCAAGUGGAGAGGACGACAGCCUCCACACAACUGCCGAGCUAAGUUUUGGAUGUGUGAGAGACCACAAACAUGCGAGUACGGCAACAAGUGCCCAAAAGCUCAUUCUGAGGAAGAACUGCAAGAGUGGAUGAUGCGUGCUGCAGAAGAGAAGGAGAUCAGACAUAACAUUGGAGCACAGGGUCUUAUGUGCUAUAAUGAAAGGCUCCUGGAGGAAUACAAAAACAGCAGUAAUGAAGUGUACAUUAUUUCAGAGCAAAUCGACGAUGUCAGCGUAUCUUGUGAUGAAGAUUUAACUGUGGAGUGUGAACAGAUCAAUACAACACUGCAAUGGAACUUCCAAGUUGAAACAGAGAGACAACUUGUGCAUGUUGCGCUUCUGAAGCAAGAACCGGGAGCUUCAUUCUCCCUUGGUGACAUCAGUUCUGAGCCCUGCAUCUACUCCUCAGGCGAACACUUUCUCAGUAAAGACAUGUCCUAUGACAUCACCGUGUCUUUCGCAUCCAUCAACCCGGGCCUGUAUGAACAGUGGUUAGUGCUAGAUUUUGACAUGAGACCAGUGCUACUGAAGAAACUCAGAGUAAGAGUAGGCCAGCUUUCAUUGGAUGACACAGAACUACCAACUGUUAACCGUGGAGCCGCCUUUCAACGUGUUGAGCGUUGGCAUAGAGGAAACAGGGUUAUCAUCCCAUGUUCGUCCAGGACAGAAGAACAGGAGGAACUGUCAAAGCAGUACAAGCCUCCUCAGAUUAGCUUUCUGUAUAAACAUUCCUACAACAGCCAAACACCGCUGAAUAAUGAGAACUACAAAGAAAGAAUGCACCACUUCCUGUACACUGAGGAACGGGCAGAGGACCAGAUUGUUUCAAGAUUAAAUGUUUGUGGAGAAAUGACAACAUUGGAUACCUUGAACAGUACGAAGUUUGGCAUGGCGAUGGCUCCUCAGGGAGAACUGUUCUGUGCUGUCUCGAUUCCUUGUAAUCUCACUCCAGACACCCCUGAGGGACUGGUACUAAAACGAAGCAUCAAGUCUGGCCUGAUAGCCCCUUUAUCUUCAAGUGGUCAAAACCCCAAGGUCUAUGAGGCCAUCGUCCUGAAAAACAAAACAAGUGAGACCAAAACGUAUUUGCAACUCUCUAAAAAAUGUUGCUCAGAUCUCACACUCAAAUGCAAUCAAUCGUAUCAAAUGGAGGUGCAGUUUCAGCUAAACCGCUACAGCUUCUGCACCAUGCACAAGGCUGUAGAUCUCCUUCCUGAUACAAAAAGAGUGCUACCAGACCUUAAACACUGUGAAGUUCCUGUGAAUAACAUCUCCUAUGAGAAGCUGAAUCCAAAGCAGCAGUCAGCAAUUGAUUUUAUCACAGGGAAUUCCAAUGUCCAAAAAUUUGUGGCACCUCUCCUCAUUUAUGGACCAUUUGGCACUGGGAAAACAUUCACCCUUGCUGCAGCAGCCAGAGAGCUUUGUAAGCAGCCUCACAACAAAGUGCUUAUUUGCACCUACACCAACAGUUCUGCAGAUCUGUAUGUCAGAGAUCACUUCCAUCCAUUCAUCAACAAGAAAAGUAAUGGAAUGAGGCCAAUUCGAAUAAAAGCAAACAAACAAGGGAGUGCUUUUUCUGCCACAGAUGAGAUUACUUUGAAAUACUGUUUUCUUUCGGAAAAUGGACAGUAUUUUCUACCACCUACAAAAGCUGCCCUAGAUUGUCACAAAAUAGUCAUAACCACCACAACAAUGGCAAGACAUUUUCAUGACCUAAAGCUUCCAGAGGGAUACUUCACGCACAUACUAAUUGAUGAAGCCUCUCAGAUGCUAGAAUGUGAAGCAUUGAUGGCCCUUGGUCUUGCUGGGCCAAACACCAGAGUUGUUUUGGCUGGAGAUCACAUGCAAAUGGGACCCAAGCUUUUCUCAGUUGAUGAUCAUCACCGGUCAAAUCACACACUUCUUAAUCGCUUGUUCCACUACUAUCAAGCCCAAAAGUGUGAUGCUGCCCAGAACAGUAGAGUCAUUUUCAGCGAAAACUAUCGCUCAACCAAAGAAAUUGUGGAGUUCGUGUCCACCCAUUUCUACGUUGGCAAGAAUGAUGUUAUCAAAGCUGCCGCAAAUAUUCCGGCUCCUGAAAACGGCCAUGCCCUAAAGUUUCACCAUGUUAGGGGAGAAUGUCUCUUGGAAACUGCGUCUAUGUCUUGGUAUAACAAAGAAGAGGUUGCCAAAGUGGUUGAAGCAGUGAAAGAGAUUAUCAAACUCUGGCCAUCGUCCUGGGGGCCCAAGGACCAAAGCUCAAUCUGCAUUCUUUCAGAGGGAUUUCAGGUUCAGCUAAUUAGGACAGCGCUCUCGAGAAAAAACCUUGCUGACGUCCAUGUUGAGAAUCUUGCAAAUGUGCAAGGUAAACAGUUCAGGGCAGUCAUAAUUACAACUGUGCAAACACGUGACAGCCUAAAAACGUCUCAUGUGCCUGGUCUGGAGCUGUUCAAUGAUGCCCGUGUGUUAAACACUGCGAUGACUAGGGCUCAGUCACACGUGGUUGUGGUUGGAGAUGCUGCUGCCCUCUGCUGCUUUGGGAAAUGCUCACGUGUCUGGAAAAGCUACAUAAACCACUGCAUCAGCAACGACAGUGUUGCACCACAGCAUUUCACCAAAGAUUUCUUUGAAAAAGAUGUUAUGGAAACUGCAAGGUUUCAAAAGCCGGAACAUGUGGAUGAGAGCAACACUCUCACUGAUGCAAUUCUUCAAGAGUUGAAAGAUGAAUAUGAACAGCUGACAACGGAAUACUGUUCAGAUGAAGACCAUUUGGAAUUUAAAAACUUUGAUCACCACAAGCCCAAAGCCUCAUACAAUACAACUGAUGUUGACCCAGACCUUUUGGAGUUAUGUAAAAAACAACCAGAGAAGUACAAGAGAGGAAGGUUGGUCAGGGAGUCAUAUAACAAAGGCUAUGUGAUACCAUUUAACAACCCCACCAAACGUAUAAGCAUAAAGGGAAGAGAAAACCUGGGUAAGGUCUUCACUGGAGACGAAGUGGUCUUACAAACAGCAAGCGUGUUCAGCAUCACCAAGAAAGCUGAAUCAGCUCGUGUACUUGUAUGCCUGCUUGAGGCUGAAGAUUACAGCAAACCAAGACAGAAUUCCGAUGACAAAUUUGUCAAAAGGACGAUGAUGCCCAUUACAAAAUCUGCGCCCAAAAUACGAAUACUGAUCAGCAAGAAAAGACGUAACUUCAUUCCAAUAUGGGAGCAAAUUGAUGGACAGUGGAGGAUUGCAGCACAUGAACGUCUUGAUGAAAAGCUCAAACAGAACAAUGUAUUUGUGGUGCAAGUGAUUGGCUGGAAAGAAAAUUGUUUUCUUCCACUGGGAUAUGUCAUAGAAAUACUUCCAAUCGGAACAUCUUUGGUUGAAGGACUAAGAGUCCUGAAUGAAGAAUUCAAAGUUGCACCCAAUACAUGUACAUCUGACGAUGGUUUCUCCUGGGCAGAUGAAGACAGGACACACAGACAGGACAUACGUGAUAUAUUCACUUUCACUGUUGAUCCAGUAGGAGCAAAAGACUUGGAUGAUGCCAUCAGCAUCAGGGAUGUCGGAGACCAAUAUGAGUUGGGAAUCCAUAUUACAGAUGUGGCAAGCUUUGUGAGUCCAGGUGGUGAAUUAGAUGAGGAUGCAAAACAACGUGGUUCCACAUAUUACUGCAGUGGGGGAAACCCCAUUCACAUGUUCCCCCAAGAACUGAGCACUGGACUCUUCAGUCUUCUGCCAGGUCAAGAUCGCAGGGCAGUUUCAUUAAUGUUCAAAGUAAACAAGAAAACAAAUGAGAUCAUUGGAAGGCCCAAAUUUCAGCUGUCACUGAUCAAUUCUGAUAAACAGUUGUCUUAUGAACAGGCAGAGAACAUGAUCUCCAAAAGAUAUGGACAUAGCCCUAAAUUUGACACAGAUGAAGACUGUGUCACAGUGGCUUAUUGUUUUGCAAAAGCUCAAAGGAAGAUUAGACUUGUGGAUUGGGCUUAUUCUCAACCUGAUGAUCAGAGAUUGCCCGGGAAGCGCAAAGCCAACCUGAUGAUUGAGGAGCUGAGUGUGUUAUUCAAUACACAUGCAUCUGAGGCUUUGAUCGAUUCAGAAAAGAGCAGGUAUUACACACCCCUUCGCUGUCAGGCAGAACCAGACCCUGAAAAGAUUGAGGAAUUCAAGGAGAAAUGCGGGGAAUUAAUACCACUGUCUUUUCAUGCGCGGCACAGAGUUGCCCAUGAAGAACAAGCCCCAAAAUGCGAAAACUUCCACAUACUCACAGAAGUGUGGAAUGAUAUCCAGGCCGCUGCCAGAACAGAUGAUAUAGACAAAAUGGUGGACCUGAUUGCUGCAGAUGACAUCCACCCUCUGCUCCAGCCAGUCACUGAACAGUUCAGAAGGUGCUCUAGUAAAGCUUAUGUCAUCCGCUCCUACUCCUCUCCCAAAGCAGAGGUUGGGCAUUAUUCUCUGAGCGUACGUUCUUACACACAAGCAUCAUCACCAAUCCGCAGGUACAUGGACAUCAUCUUGCAGAGACUUUUGCACUCUGUCAUAUGUAAAAGGGAUGUCCAAUACACUCGAACAGAGAUUUCGACUUUGUGCAGUGAAUUUGAGCACAACCUCAAGCAUGCCAAGGAGUAUGAACAAAAGAGUGAGCAAAUCAAAUAUGCAGUGAGCAUGAAAAAACAAAGUGCUUCAAAGCUGGCCUUUGUUCGUGUGGAUCUCAACAGAGACAGUUUUGCAGUGUCAUUUCCUUUUAACAAGAACAUAUUUGCAGAGAGUCUAUCAAUUAUGUACAAAGAUUUACAAUUGUGUGACCAACCAUUUAAUGAUGACACAAAUCAAUGCACUCUAAAAUGGAAAAGACGGAUCUACACAGCUGACACCAUGCAAAUCCACCAAGAGUUGGAAAAGCCAGACUGUGGUCCCUGCGUUGAGCUUCCACUGACAGUAUGGAAAGCCACUGUUGAAGCAAUUGACAAAGAAAACUUUAAUCAUGCAAUGAUUCUCAUAAAGCAGGCUAAUAAGGAACUGGAAAAACAAAAAAUUCGGUCACAAUCAGCUGAAAUGCCUCAUUCCCACACAUGUACCUCCAUGCAGCAAAGGGAGCAUGAGGUUGACAUCAACCUCCAGUUGCAGACAGGUGACACCCUUCAGAUCCAAAUGACAUCAGAGGUAAAAAGGGGUUAUCCCAUGCCUGCUGUUCAGUUGGUGCGCAUUAAACCAAAGUUUGAGAUUUGUGUGGACCAUGUCCACAGCCCUAUCACAUGCUUCUCAAGAUCAGCAGAUCAUCCAUCAAGGAUUCAUUAUAGUGACAUAGAGGAGUAUGUACGGAUCUGGAAACCGAUGUGUGAGAUGGAAUCUGCUGCUACUGCUGUGGAUGAGAGUGACAGCAUCGUCAUUGAGAAUCUGUUGGUAAACUUCAAUCAAGAGCACGAAGGCACACUAAAAGGAAGCUUCUUUUUACCUCUGGCAUGGAUCAAUGAUUGGGCCAUUGAAUGUAACCUUUCAAAGUGCCUGCUGUGUAUACGGAAAAGAGGUUUGAAGUUGACUUCCCUGGAACAUUCCGCAUCGGUGGACCCAAGAGAGUUUACAUGGGUGGCCCAUGGUGUCACUAGCAAAGUAGAAGAACGUAAAAAUGAAGGCAGUAAAGUGGAGUUCUAUGUCAAUCACCUGCCCAUGGACACCAUUCCUGAUUGUGUCUUUCAGAAAAGCACUCGUUUCACAGUUGAAAUAAUCCCAAAGCUCCUGCCUGACAUCCGGAAAGAAAAUGCUGUGGUCAGCGUUGCUUCUGCAUGUGAGCUUGUCAAGACUAUAGCACUUGGAAAACACAUUCCAAAAGAGGUAAACGCAGUGUGGUACAACAUGAGGAAAGACCUACCAAAUGUACUGCCCCCGUUUAACCAGAGUCAGCAUCGUGCUGUCACGAAAGCUCUAAAUAAUACCUUCACACUUAUACAGGGGCCACCUGGAACUGGAAAGACAGUAGUAGGUGUGUACAUAGUGUACUGUUUCUUUGAGCUGAACUCAAAGAACAAAAGGAAAUUUGAUGACCCCAAGGAUAAAAACAAGAAACAAGUUAUUCUCUACUGCGGCCCAUCCAACAAGUCUGUUGAUGUCGUUGCUGAGUACCUUUUGAGGUUUGGUGACAAGCUAAGACCCCUCCGGGUCUACAGCCAACAAGUGGAGAUGCUUGAUUACCCUUAUCCAAACUGCACCCUUCAGUUUUCCCAGAGGACACUCCGCCAAGAACGUGCCAAACCAGAGCUCAGGAGCAUCACUCUACAUCACCGCAUGCGACAGGACCAAAACCCCAAUGCAGGUCAAAUAAAAUAUUUUGACCAACGCAUUGAGAAAAAAGAAGAGCUGACUGCUGAAGAGGUGAAAAAAUACAAGAACCUCCUCAGAGAUGCUCGGACACAUGAGCUUGAACGGCAUGACAUCAUACUGUGCACAUGUACACAGUCUUCCACCCCGAGUUUGACUAAAACAGUCAGCGCGCGUCAGAUCCUCAUCGAUGAAUGUGCAAUGGCAACUGAACCCCAGGCCUUGAUUCCGUUAGUCUGUAACAAACCAGAGAAGAUUGUUUUGAUCGGUGACCACAAACAGUUACGACCCAUUGUGAAGAAUGAGAGUGUGAAGAGGCUGGGGAUGGCCAAGUCUCUGUUUGAACGCUACUAUACAAUUCAUGAGAACAGGGCUGUGAUGCUUGACACCCAGUACAGAAUGCAUGAGAAAAUAUGCGAGUUCCCAUCAAACGAAUUCUAUGAGGGAAAGCUGAAAACUGGGGAGGAGCAGCCGAGCAGUGUCCUGCGUGUUGAUAACAAGACAAUGCCAAUCGUUUUUGGGGACAUCAAAGGAAAAACCAUCAGUCUGGUUGUCAGCACAGCCAAGGGCAACGAGAACUCUAAAGCAAACCAUGAAGAGAGACAAAAAGUGAUUGACAUUGCUGUAGAGCUUGUGAAGACUGCCAAAAUUGAACAGCAAAGUAUUGUGAUUCUGUCGCCCUAUAAUGCCCAAGUAUCAGAAAUCAGAGAGGAGCUGAAGAAGAAGAAAAUGAAUCAAAUCACUGUUACCACAAUCACUAAAAGCCAAGGAAGUGAAUGGCGUUACGUCAUUAUAUCUACAGUGUGCUCUCUGCCAAGUGAAGAGAUUGAGCCUGAACCAGAAAGAGCUUGGCUGUCCAAACAUCUGGGCUUUGUCGGUGAUCCCAACCAGAUAAAUGUGGGGAUCACCAGGGCCAAGGAGGGACUGUGCAUCAUUGGGAACCAAGAGUUGCUCAGCUGCAGCAGAACUUGGAAAAAACUCCUGGACCACUACAAGCUCCACAAUGCAGUGACAGAUGCAGAUAAGAUUUCAGUGUGUAGUGCCACAUAGCUGAUCUCUUCUAUCCUUUUUAAGAGACUUGAUUGCUACAAGCUGAAGAUCAGAGUUCCUACACUUACAGCACGACUUCAUGAAAUACAUAUAUAUUUGUAGUUUUUUACAUGCCUAUGGAGUAACUUUUUAUGCAUUCUUUUUUUAAAGUUUGGUCCAGAUUUUGGGUUUUGAUAUUCUGUUUUUGACAAAGUUGUGUUCUGAUUUACUUUUUAUACCUUUUAAUAUGUAUGUAUCUGUAAAUAUGACUAAGUAAUUAUAACUUCUAUUUCAACUGUAUCUAGAAUUUUAUGAUUAGAUGUGCUCAUUUAAAUUCUAAAUCUUCAGGUUCAAAUACUGAAUAGUCCGUUUUUUUUUUUCAUUUUUGUUAAAUGUUAAGUUGUAUUUUGUAUAUCAUUUAAAAUAUUGUAUUUGAGAAAUGUUGCAGGCUAACUAACUCUAACUCCUAACACAGUGCUAAUCUUAACUGUGGACAGCUAACAGAAAACACAGGUUAGCUCUUGCUGUUUGGAUUGUUUCAUUAUCAUUUUAUUUUUAUUGAAAUACAGAGAAUUAUCACUGUAUGAAAUCAACUCGAGUGACGCUUUGUCCCUGUUAACUGAUGUCAGGUCAGCAUUGUUUUCAUUGCCAGACAGCUCACCUUAACCCAUAAACUGCCUCGCCAGUUGGUGAGCCUAGUCUGGAAUUUUUGUUUGAUCUCUUAUGUUAUUAUUUGUGAUAUUUUUAAAUGUUCUCUCUACAUUCAGUGAUUUUAGUAAAUGUAUGCACACAUACAAAAAUAUAACAGUUGAUUUAUUCAUGGUUUAUUUUUUUCUUGACCCUUUUAAAUUGAAUAUCUGGGAUAGCAAUUUUCAAUCAAAAAGUGAUGAAGACCAUGUUAUGUUCGUUUUAUACAAUAAUAUUGUGUCAUUAAGUGCA